AUGAUUAAAAAUUUUCAAUUUGCUGACUUAAAUAUUCGGUUUACUGGUAAUAAAGAAAAAACUAUAAAUCUUGUCAAACGUGCAAUUCGUAUGGGAUAUGAUUCUGUAGCAAUAAAUGUUGAUGUUGGAUUAUUUUUUUGUCCAGAAUUAAAAAAUGAGGAAGAGCCACCUUCAAAAAAGAGGAAAAAAAAAGAAAUUGGAAAUGUUGCUACUUUACCUGAACCAUUUAUUGUGGAUGAAAAAUUAUUAGAUUUAUCUCUUCUUGAAAGACAGGAUUCAACUUCAGUUUUUCGAUUACAACAAGCUUUAAAAAAUUCAAAAUAUGACAUUGUUGCUGUUCGCCCCACUUCUUUAGAUAUUUUAAAUACAAUAGCUAAAAAAGGAACAUUUGUUGAUAUCAUAACAACUGACAAAUCAGAAGGUAGAAUUUGUUGGUUGACAAGAAGUAAAGCUUUACAAAAUGCUGCUUUUGAAGAUGGUCUUACAUUUGAGAUUGUUUAUAGUCCAUCACUAAAAGACAGAGAAACAAGAAGGAAUCUUAUUACAAAUUCACGUAUAUUACUAAAUAUCUUUAGUUCAGGUAAAGGUGUUAUUAUUUCUAGUGGUGCAGAAGAUCUUUCUGAACUUCGAGGACCUUAUGAUGCUAUGAAUAUUACUGUUUUAUUUGGAGUUGAUUCAAAAUAUGCAAGAAAGUUUGUUUCAGAAAAUGCUGUAAAUGUUUUGAAGAGGUGUUCUUCUCGAAAAACUUUGAAAUGUACAUACAUUGAAGUUUCCAUCGAUAAUGAAGAUGAGCUAGAUAAAUAUAAGGAAGUUGUUAAUAUUGAUGAAAUAAAAAAAAUAGAUUUGUUCAAUGAUCAAAUUAAAAAAAUUUUAAGGAAACAAAUAAAUAGAUUUUAUGAUAAGGAAGUUAUAUGGAAGGGGAUAGCUUUAGAAAAAUCUAAUUAUCCAUCAGAAAAUUUUUAUAAAAAUUAUAAUGAAGAGUUGAAAGAUAGGAUUUCUUUAAAAAUCAAAGAAGUUGAAAUUAUAAGUGGUUUCUAUGAAUUUUUUCCCACAAAAAUAUCUGACAAUGAUUGGUCAUUGCUUCUUGAAUGUAAUAAUAUUAAAGAGACACUAGAUCAAAUAAAAUUUUUAAAACAAAGAGAGUUACAGAGAGAAAAAGAAAAUAAAAAAAAAUUAGAGAAUAAAAAGAAUAUGGAAAUUAAAGUAGAAAAACAAAAUUUAUUUUCACCAGUAGGUAUCAAUAUGUUGAGUAUUGGAAAUAGAAAAAAUCGGACACAAAUUGAAAAACAAAAUUAUGUUUCUUCUUUAUUAUUAAAUGAAACUCCUAAAAUUGUAAUAGAUUGUCGUUAUAUACCUGAUUUAAGUAUUCGUGCUCAAAAUUUAACAAUGAGUCAAAUUAAAUAUGUUGCAUUUGAAAAUCGAAUUAGAAAGGAGCCAUGGCCUUUGUGUCUUGCCAAUUUUAAUGACUCAUUAAAUGAAAAAGUAUUGAGACAUGUUGAUUUUUUGAGAUGUAACCAAUCGCUUGAAGAUUGUACUGAAAAAAAUUAUACAGAGAUAUACGAUCCAUCAAAAAUUGUUUAUCUAAGUCCUGAUAGUGAAAAUGAAUUAGAUCAUAUCAAAGGUGAUGAAGUAUUUGUUAUUGGUGGAAUUGUUGAUAGGGUAAGAGAACAUAAAAUACCAAAGCAUGCUUCAUUAGAAGCAGCAAUGAAGGAUAAUGUUAAAUCUGUCAAACUACCAUUAGAUAAAUAUGUAAAAUGGAAAAGUGGAACAAAAUACUUGACUUUAACAGCAGUUGUUAGUAUUUUACAAGAUGUUUAUGAUACCAACAAUGAUUGGACUUAUUCACUCAAAAAAAACAUACCAGUGAGAAAUUUAAAGAGUAGUGAAGAAAAAAAUCAAAAGGCGAAAGAUUUUCAUGCUUCAAUUAGAGAAUUUGAUAGGAGAGUUUUAGUUGAAAUAGAAAAAAAACUAAGUGAAUUAUCAUAA